GGAGACCCUGGAGCUGCGCGUCCGCGAGGGGCUCCGGAGUCCACGGGGAGGUCCCGGGGCUGCAAGUCCGCGAGGGUUUUCUGAGGUCCAUGAUUCUGGCGCCUGUUCUGGACCACACGCCUGUGGUUUUGGUAAUUUAACAGGCCAAACCUGGGGAGCACGGGAAUUUGAGGGGCCGGCACCCCACCUGCCCAGUCCGGCCAGGGACCUGACCCCAUGCUGCAGGAACGGCUCACCCAAGUUCAGACACCCCAGUGAUGCACCAUGCCCAUUGUCGACAAGUUGAAGGAGGCCCUGAAGCCUGGCCGCAAGGACUCGGCUGACGAGGGGGAGCUGGGGAAGCUUCUGGCCUCCUCUGCCAAGAAGGUCCUUCUACAGAAGCUCGAGUUCGAGCCGGCCAGCAAGAGUUUCUCCUACCAGCUGGAGUCCCUGAAGAGCAAAUAUGUGCUGCUGAAUCCCAGGACCGAGGGGGCCGGCUGCCACAGGAGUGGGGAUGAGCCGCCAGCCAGGAGACAGGGUACAGACGCUUCGUGCGCUGGAGAAAGGGCCUCCCUGGACUCAGACUGGUGGGGCUGGAGCUGUGUCGCGGUGAGCGCCUGCCAGUGGAGGGAACGGUUCCCAGGUGCCAUCGGGCAGGCAAGGCUCAGGCCUGGCUGGCGUCCCUCAGCCCCUCACAUCCGGCUGCCCUUCCAGCCCGGGCUCCCCUCCUCUGUGCUGGAGGUGCGGGUCACCACCUGCUCUAAAGUGACCGCCUCAUCUGUGCCUAUAGGUCACCAGGGCAGCUUCUGUAUGCUGUGUGUCAUGCAAAACCACAUCAUCCAAGCCUUCGCCAACAGCGGCAACGCCAUCAAGCCCGUGUCCUUCAUCCGGGACCUGAGAAAGAUCGCCCGGCACUUCCGCUUCGGGAACCAGGAGGACGCCCACGAGUUCCUGCGCUACACCAUCGACGCCAUGCAGAAAGCCUGCCUGAGCGGCUGCGCCAAGUUGGAUCGUCAGACGCAGGCUACUACUUUGGUCCAUCAGAUUUUUGGAGGCUAUCUUCGAUCAAGGGUGAAGUGCUCCGUGUGCAAGAGCGUCUCCGACACCUACGACCCGUACUUGGACGUGGCGCUGGAGAUCCGGCAAGCUGCGAAUAUCGUGCGUGCUCUGGAACUCUUCGUGAAGCCAGAUGUCCUGAGUGGAGAGAACGCCUAUAUGUGUGCAAAAUGCAAGAAGAAGGUUCCAGCCAGCAAGCGUUUCACCAUCCACAGGGCGUCCAACGUCCUCACGCUCUCCCUCAAGCGCUUCGCCAACUUCAGUGGAGGGAAGAUCACCAAGGAUGUCGGCUACCCGGAAUUCCUGAACAUCCGUCCGUACAUGUCCCAGAGUAAUGGCGAGCCUGUCACGUACGGGCUGUACGCUGUCCUGGUCCACUCGGGCUACAGCUGCCACGCCGGGCACUACUACUGCUACGUGAAGGCAAGCAACGGACAGUGGUACCAGAUGAACGACUCCUUGGUCCAUUCCAGCAACAUCAAGGUGGUUCUGAACCAGCAGGCCUACGUGCUCUUCUAUCUGCGGCUCCCAGGCUCCAAGAAGAGGCCUGAGGGCUCCAUCUCCAGGACAGCCUGCUCCGUCCCCGGUCGCCCCGGUGUGGUUCCAGACCACGUCAGGAAGAGCAUCGCCAACGGGGCCACGUCCUCCCCACUGGCCGGAAAGAGACCAGACCCUGUGACGAUGAAAAAGCUGCAGACCCCCGAAGAGGUUGGGGUGGCCAUUGCCAGGAACGGCUCCGUGUUGGGGCUGAAGUCUCAGAAUGGACAUGCUCCUCCCAAGCUGCCCUCGGGGUCCCCUUCCCCCAAACUCUCCAAAACACCCACGCACACGCCCACCCUCCUGGAGGAGCCUGGAAAGAAGGUCAAGAAGUCCGCCACCCUGCAGCCCUUCUCCCCAUCCCCCAAGACGGCUCAGGGGCUCCACAGGACCGGCGACCCGAGCGGCAGCCGGUGUGCGAGCCGCGGGCAGAGCCCCUGGGACAGCAGGGCUGCCCCCGUCUCUACCUCAGCCCGGGCCCCGGCCGCGGGCCCCGCGGAUGGGCCCGAGGCAGGCGGCCAGGGCUCCGCCGCUGACGGCUGGGCUUCUGGCACUUCCAGCCCCGAGUCCUCUCCACUCCGUGAUGCUCAGGGAACCGACUCUGCCGCUGCCGGCCCGUCCAAGACGCCGCCGCCCCAGGAGGACACCAAGGGGACGAAGCCCAGGGUCCCUGUCCCUAGCAGCUGCGCCCCCGAGCCCACCACCGCCACGUCUCCUCCACCAGCCAAAAAACCAGCCCUUUCUGCCAAGAAGGCCAGCACCCUGCGGAGGGCAACCGGCAAUGACCUCCGUCCGCCUCCCCUCUCUCCAUCCUCCGACCUCACCUACCCCAGGAAACCCGCUCACCCCGUCGUCACCUCCACCUGGCCUGUCAGUGCAACCAGGGCUGUUUCACCUGCUCCCAGACCAUCCAGCCAUCUGAAGCCCCAUCCCGGCCCCUGCACCUCGUCACUGUCCAGUAGCUCCCAGCCUUUUGGGACAUCAGACCCUCGGAGCUGCUCGUCCGCCUCUGCUCCCCUGCCUCAGGUCAACGGGGGCAUCAGAGCCCCUCCACACCAGCUGCUAGAGGCCAGCGAGCCACCCCAGAUCCUCCGUAAGAAGAGGAAGAAGAGCCCUGUGGGGGAGACCCGGGGCUUGGAGGCCAGCACAGCCACUGCAGCCCCUCCUGGAAAGAGGAGGAGGAGGAAGAGGAGGCAGACAGGGGACACAGAUGCCUCCUCCCGGCAGGAGGGGAAGGUGCAGAGGCAGCCCUGGGGUCCUGAGUGCAGGAUGGAGAGCCGGGUAGGGCUGCCCAUGGACAGACUGGAGGAAGGGAGUGGACAGCAGCAAGAGAACAGCCAGCGCCUGGGGAACGGGUGGCUUGAGGGAUGUGUGACCGAUGGCCACCCCGUGAGCAACAGAAAGAAGAGGAGGAGGGGAGCGGAGAGCCUUGGUGGAGAAGACUGCCUCCCCCAGGACCCACCUUGGCUUGGGAGCGGCUCUCCCUCAGACACCGUCCAGCCAGAGACCCCUGUGGCAUCACCCAGGAAAAAGAAAAGAAAAAACGGAAGCAGGAGUUGUGGCAGGAAGUAGAUGAGAACGCCUGAGGGUCGAAGGGGCUCUGCCUGCCCCACUCCUGGGGACCCCAUAGGGCUGGGACGGGCUCCUCCUGUAUCCUGGGACAGAGAGAGAAUAUCCGACGUGGUCCAGGAACUGCUCAAGUACUCAUCUGAUAAGGCCUACGGCAGAAGAGUUCUGACGUGGGACGGCGAGGUGUCGGCGGUCAGUCAGGACGCCAUGCAGGACAGCCGGCUGGCCCGCACAGCCACUGUCAUUGACAACUGGGACGAAGAGUUCGAUCGAGGGAAGGAAAAGAAAGUGAAAAAAUUCAAGAGAGAGAAGAAAAGAAGCUUCAACGCCUUCCAGAAACUUCAGAGUAGACGGAACUUCUGGUCUGUGACUCAUCCAGCUAAGGCCACCAGCCUCAGCUAUCGCCGCUGACUUUGCUGCUGUCGAUAGCCUCUGGAGACGAGGCGUCCCUUCCUGGAGUCUGUCCGUCUGAACCGUACAGCCGCUUGCCAGGGACUUGCUGGCCCCUACCGUAGGAGGAUGGCCUGUGGCAGCCCUGGACUUGUUCGGACCAGGACCUCUGGUGACAACACACACUGACAGACCCCACAGCGACGUGUGGAGCAGGCGGCAGCGGCAUGGCGACCAGGAACCCGGGACAGGGCUGAGCGUCCCCGGAUCCUGGCCAGCGGCAUCUGGUCUGGGGCCAUGGUGGCAGAGAGCUCGGAGGACAGUGGCCAUGCCUUCCCAGGGCGCCCUCCAGUCCGCAGAGGACAGCGAGCGGUUGCUUCCUCUUCUCAGCGGGCCGUCCAUCACCCUCCCCGGCGGCUGGUGCUGCAGUCCGUCCUGGCCUCCCCGCUUCCCUUGUCUCUAUGCCUUACUGCCCACCCUCAGAAGCCGGAGCCCGCGGCCGGCCCCACGCUGCUGCCUCUCCCUCACAAGAAACUCCAGACCGUCUCUGGGAGGCAGGUGGCGGGGGCGGAGAUGGGCUGACGCACCUGCUUUCCGGGCUGCUCUUGACUGCGAUGGCUUUGCCAGACCCCCCCUUGCAGCUGCAGUGACCCGCGGGUCCUUGUCGAGGUGGUGGUCUGGGAGUAGAAUCCUCCUUUUAUUUUCCUACUUGAGAUAAAACCUUUAUUUUUGAUCAGGCCUGUGGUUUCCAUUAGCAGUAUGUCUCCUUCCCCUAAUGUGCAGAUCCUGGCUUCGUUUGCUCCAUUUUAUGAGUGCUUUCGAAUUUAGAUGAUUGUCUAACCUGAGGAGAUCACGGUUGCUUUUCUGUCUCGCUCAAGCUGUGCCUGCGAAUUUGUCAUUGAAUAAAUACGGGAACUCUCAGUGAGGGUGAUGCUUUCCAGAAAAAAGAGGGGAGUCCCAGUGGCAGAAGGUGGAGAAGUAAACCCCUCCCCGGGUGUCUGGAGAUGCACCGUGUCCGGCCUUGCCGUGUCCUUCGAGCGGUCCUCCUGGCCUGAGGCCGAUGCCCCUGUCUGGCCCCGACUUUCUUCCUCGCGGAGCCUUGCCCUUCGCUUCACCACUUGUUCUGGGCCUGGGGGGAUCUUGGUGGUAUCGAAAAAGCGUUAUUUUUUUACAUGGGAGAUACAUCACUUUUUUCACGUGGGGGUUUCUCUUCGUUUUUCCUUCCUGUUUUUGUAUUUCUCUUUUAAAAGGUAGGGGCAGUAAUACCAGCGGCCUGAGCUGGGGCUGCCCUGGUCCCGGCGGGUGAGCAGGGCUUUGCGCGGACCCACCCUGCAUAUCAGCUGCACCUUGUUCAAAGCUGAGGGGUCUGCCCCAGUGCUCUGUGGCUUUGUCCUCUGUCACCUUGGGAGGGGAGGCAGGUGCCUCUACAGGCAGGGCUUUUCCCCCUCUUGUGAGAUUGACAUUCAUUCCUCUACGACUUACAUCCACAGCCACGUUUUCGUCAUGUUCGGCGGUGGAAAAAGAAAAAUUCAGUCCUUUGCUAGCGCGGAGUUUAUCUCCUUUCUCUCCCUCUGCUCCUCCAGAUCAGCCUCUUCCUUUCACUGCUCCGUGAUGGUAGAUCCUUUUCCCAAAAGAAACGUACUGCUUUCUCCUGGGCAGUGAUGAGCACAGGCCUGGCCCCGCAGCGUUCCUCAGUGCCGGGCAGAGUCGAGUCCUUCCCUCCAGGGAAGGGGCAUCAGCCAAACCAGGAGCAAGAGGACAGGCCCAGAGAAUUAGUCCAAACCCUAGGUGUACAUAUAUAAGUAACUGAAGCUUUUGUAAUAGCGGUCACCGGGUUGACUUAGAAUAUCGGUUUAAUUUAAGUUUGUGUUGGGGUCACUUCUUCCGGUGGUCCUGGGUCCUCUUGCUCCCUGCCUCUAGGCUGGGGUCCUGGUCCCACCUCUGCUCCGUAUGUGCAGAGAGCCCCUGGCCCACGACCUGCAGCCCCGCUCCAGGGGUCCAGGGGCCCCAGAUGUUGCCAAGAUCUUGGUGCAAUAAAAUAAUUUUUGUGA